AUGGCGCACGACAGUUCCAAGCCGAACAAAACAAGUUCACCAGUUUUCUACGUAUCAAGAAAGGAAACAUUUUGCGCUGGCCAUAGGUUAGUGAAUUCGAAACACAGUGAAGAGGAGAACUGGCAAUUGUUUGGAAAAUGCACAAAUCCCAACGGCCAUGGACAUAACUACCGCGUUAAAAUUACUCUCCGCGGAAAGCAAGAUCCUAAAACCGCCAUGGUAAUGCACCUUGGCAAGGUGAAGGAGCUUCUCAAGUCGGUGAUUGCACCACUCGAUCACAAAAAUCUUCACACGGAUAUUGAUUUCUUCAAGAUCAACAUAAGCACAACUGAGAAUGUAACCAAGUACAUAUGGAAUGAGAUGGAUAAGGUGCUGCCCAGUGGUAUCUUGUAUGAAGUGAAAGUGUCCUCCACCGAUAACAACACCUUCGUAUACAGAGGAGAGAAUGAAUAG